GCGACCUGCGUUACAAAAUGUCUCGACGACGAAGAUUGUCAGUCGGUCAAUUACAACCAAGAUCACAUGACGUGCGACCUAAAUGACGCCACCAGGGAUGAGGAUAGCGUAAACUUUGUUGCAGAAGCUGGUGGUACAUACAUAGAAACAAGUCGUAAACUGACGAAUGUGGCCGGUAACUGUGCAUUUGUAGACUGUGGCCCUGGCAACAUUUGUGUCGAUGUUCCAGAUGCCGUGGGGCAACAUAUGUGCUCGUGUUCAUCCACUGGAUACCUAGCUCAUGUAUGCCCAUCCGAUGAAUGCGUUGAACCUUUGGGAAUGGAGAGUGGUGUGAUUUUUGACAGUCAGAUAAGUGCAAGUUCUGAAUAUUCUUCAACCUACAAAGCCAUAUAUGGCAGAUUGGAUUUCGGAGGAUGUUGGGCUUCUUUAACUGCCAAUGCACAAGCUUGGAUUUCCAUCGAUUUGUUGUUAGAACACAACAUCACCGGAAUUCAGACUCAAGGAUGCAAUCGUGUCAAUGAAUGGGCUCAAGCUUACACUGUCAGCUAUCGUAAAGUGAACGGGCUUGGAGACACCGCUAUCACUGAUGGUUAUGGACGCCCAAAGAUUUUCGAAGGAAACUUAGACCGUAAUAGCAAACGGGUGCAUUAUUUUAACCCAGUAAUACAAGCAGUUGCCGUCAAGGUGACUGUUAAAGCGUGGCAUACUCACACUUCUAUGCGUGUGGAGGUUCUAGGCUGUAGAAUCGGAAAUGAAUGGGUUCGAGCAUUCAAAGGGGUCAGUAUACCAACAGGUGGUAGUAGUAUUUAUAAUGCUUGGAUUUCCGGUACAGAAUCAUCGGAUAGCCACGCCCAUACGUUUCUUGCGAGUAAUACGCAUUACAGAAACACGCCAAUACUUAACAAUUGGUCUACAUUUGGUAUUACAAAGGUGAGACUGACAUUAUUUUCUGCAUUUAAUGAGGAACUGUUGUCAGUUAUUUUCAACGGUGUUGGCACGACAACCACGUCUUGGUUCUCAAGUGAAAACAUUGAAAGUUCGCCAUGGAACGACAUUAAAAGCACUACUUUUAAUUACUUUUCUGUAACAGGAGAUAGUAGUUUUGGAAGGAGAUUCUACAUAAAUAAACACUACGGAGGCUGUUCAAACGACAAUGGAUGGUUGAUUGUUGAAGAGGGAACUAAUUGUAAAGAAUAUGAAGGUUACAACACCAGUCCCAGAAUACUGUAUAGUCGUGCAAGUUCAAGUCAAUUUUGGUUCGCAGGAGACAUUGGUACAGCAAGAGCAAUGACAAUUGAUGUGAAAAUGGGAUAGCAAGACUGCUGCAACUGUAGUGUCUUUUUAUAUUAUAUUAUAUAUAUAUAUAUAUAU